UUACACAUCGCUCAUACGUUGACCUACUUUUUCAUAGAUCCAGGUAAAACAAAGUUUACAACCGUGGGAAAGUUUACUGAGCAUGCGAUUGUACAGGUUGCUUGCAUGAAUUGUAAUGUGUCGGAAUGCAGAAAGACACACGUAAACAUCUGUGGAAAAGUAAUGCGAAUUUCUUUGCGAAGAAUUUGCAAAUUAUUCCUUGUGAUUGUCACAUUUAUUCUUGCACUUCUGUUAAUUUCUAUCACAAAUACAGAACACAUACAAACAAAGCAAAUUGUGUUUACAAAGUUUGUUAAGAGAAGUUAUAGAAGACAGUUAUCGCUGCAGAAAGAACAACAGGUGGUUGACCAUAUAAAAUUUCAAAGAAAAACAAAUGGAGUUAAUUCUGCUGCAGAUGAUGAAAACUUGGGAAAAGAUGAAAUUGUAAACAAAAAUGGUAAAAUAAGACAGAACCGUGUUAAAAAUGUGAUGAGGAAAACAGUUCAGUCUGACAUAUUUAUUUCUGUUAAAACUACUAAAUCAAACAGAAAUUCGAGACUUGAUUUGCUGAUGGAAACAUGGAUUCCUUUAGCUAAGGAUGAGACCUAUAUAUUUACAGAUAACGAUUCACACAUUCCAGAAAACUUUCAUGCUGAUCAUUUCAUCAACACUUUUUGUGCAGAUUCACAUUACAGACAAGGAUUAUGCUGUAAGAUGGCUAGAGAAUAUGACCUCUUCAUUGAAAGUAAAAAGAGGUGGUUUUGUCAUGUAGAUGAUGAUAACUAUGUGAAUGUACCAGCUUUAGUUGGGUUCCUACAGCAGUAUAACCACAGUGAUAACUGGUAUUUAGGCAGACCAAGUAUUAGUCAUCCAAUGGAAGUGCUAGACAGAGCUAACCCAGGACAAAAGUUGGCAUUUUGGUUUGCCACUGGAGGUGCUGGUUUCUGUAUUAGCAGAGGUCUAGCUGAUAACAUGGUACCACAUGCUGGGGGUGGAAGGAUACAGACAACUGGAGAUGCCAUAAGGUUACCAGAUGACUGUACUGUAGGAUAUAUCAUAAAUCAUCUAUUGAAAGUGCCAUUAACAAAAAUUAAAGAAUUUCAUUCCCACUUAGAGGGAUUACAUAGGAUUCCUCAGCAUCAACUCUCUGAUCAGCUGACUUUAAGUUAUUUCAACAGUAAUGUGAUAGAUGUUAAAGGGUACAGCCAUGAAAAGGAUCCAACAAGAUUUAGAACAGUUCACUGUCACCUGUAUCCCUACCUGACUCAGUGUGUAGACAUGCCGAGAUGGUGACCAGUUUUACAUAGUGUUCACCUAUACCUACAGGCUUCAGAUAUACCUAUAGUGCUGUUGCUGAAAUGCUGCUGCAAUAUUUUG